CUUCCUCAUGUGCAGUCGUGAGUAAGCACAAGUCCGGUGAGCAGUCCGCUGACCUAUUCGAACCUUUGCUCGUGCGCGACCUGCCUCACAAGGUGGAGGUGGUAAGAGACCAGUCUUUGAAGUUCUUUAGCUAUCCAGGAUGGGAGAAGCUUCAUGACGAGGCGAUGGAAGCUGAUGGGUUGGUGAUGAAUAGCUUUCAUGAACUGGAGGCUUCCUACAUCGACAGCUACCAGGCGGCGCUCGACAAGAAGGCUUCCUGCUAUAACUUUCAUCGGCUGCCUGUUAGUUGUUGAGUUGUGUGGGGUUCGGUCCCUGUUGAGUUGGGCUUUGGGCCGGAGUCAUGUAUCUCACCGGCUUCCCUACGUAGCUCGGCCCAACAGGCUCAGAUUUCUCCGAGCCCAUAUAUAUAUAUAUAUAUAUAUAUAUAAUAUAUAUUAUAGUAGAAAACACAUACCGAUUUGUUUGGGGGUUUAAACGCAAAAAAGAAUCGCACGAACAUUCUAAGAGGCGAGAGAUAAACUCGGAAGAAGCAGCCGGCGGACGCGGAGGGGGAUAUGUGGUCACUGACGGCGAAGUUCCAAGGAGGCAGAGGACAGGGGAUGCCGCACGACUAUUUGUAGCGCAUUCACGAUCUCCAGCUCCAGAUUCUGCAGAAGACCAACAAACUCCUGCGCCUUGAAGCAUCCCGACGCCUGAGGUACAUGCCCCCAUUCUAAAACCCUAACCCUAGAAUUGCUUUCUUGGGCGUUUGUUCUUCGCGUGCUCGGCGUCCUAUUCAUUUAUCGUGUUUGGGCGGUGUCAUAGUUUGUUUUAUGGAAUGUUGAAUGUUAAAGCAAGGAAGAUAAGUUCUUUCUGCAGAUUUAGUUCUCUUUUUCUGGUCUAAGUUUAUUCUGAUGUGUUUUUAGUGAAUUCAUCUUCUUGUGAAGAUUUAAAUGCCAAUGCCAUUUUUUGUUCAUGGCGACGGCUUAUGUGGGUUGUGGUUGCGGUAAGGAUGCUCCGAGAGGAACUGCAGGUUCUUCAGGAGCCUUCUGCCUAUGCCGAUGAGGUGGUGAAAGUUACGGGGAUCCCAGAGAAGAAGGGAUGGAAGGCGGGGACGGGUAUCGAAGGCAUGAGAAAUCAAGGAACAAGGCCAGAAGGUUGUUAUCUACCUGUUGCACAAGUUGAUAUAUGAUUUAUGCACAUGUUUAGUCUCUAUUUUCAAAGUACAUUUGUAAGCAUCGGGGUUCUUUUAGUACAUAAAAUUGAUCAAGCACUUCUUCUGCUGAUAUCAGUGAUGUUGGAGAGUGAAUCUGAAACCGAGGCUUAUAGUUAUAGCAUCUAUGAUGAUGAUGAUGGAAAAUUGCAAACGACAAGGAUAAAAGUCUCAAGGCCUUUUUUUUUUUUGGUAGCUCUAAUUUCUUAACUUUAAAGUUUCUUUAGUGCUUCCAAUGAAUCCAUGUAGUUGCUUGUUAAGAUCAUGAAAUGAAAAUAAUUGUCAAUAGAAGUUGGAGGCUAGUUAUUCAUUAAAGAAGCAAAACACAUGGUUGAGUUAUUUCUGAUAUUUGACUUAUGUGCUGUUUAAUCCAAUCCGAACAUGUAUUCUCUGUGUUUGUGGAUCAUAUGCUGCUAUUGUUGCUAUUAAUUUUAUUUUAUUGCCUUCUUUAGCGCUCUUGAGAUAUUGCUGGGAUUUCACCACACCCUUAACUUGAAGCUUCGGCAGAAGCCCAUCUAGAAAAAAUUAGAAGUCCCGUUGGAAAAUUGUUAGCAAAGCUCCAGCUGAUCAGAAUAGGGGAAGUAAAAAAGCAGAAGCCCUGUUAAAGUUCAUAGUAGAAGCAAGUCAAAUCUCAACAAGGUCCUUGCAGCUGAGAAUCCAAAUGAGAACAUGGUGAUAUCAUGCUCUAAUACUUUUUUGAGCCGAGUUAGAAAACCUUGAUAUGGUUGUGUUUGUGCCUGAAGAUCAAUAAUUUCCAGUUAACACAUGACCUGCUAAUCAUGAUGUUGUUCAUUUAUAGCAACUUUUAUCUUUAAGGAUGAUUAUUUAUCACUUACAUCUCAAUGUUUCAACGAUUUCAACCGUAGUCACCAUCAUGGAGAUUCUUAAAAACAGUGGUUUUGCAAUGAGUAGAGUAAGAAUUUUUUAUUCUGUUAUUUAUCCUGUUAGAUAAUACUACCACAUUGUUGGACUCAAUUGCGAAAAAAUAAAUCAGAGAUAUUGACAUCUAUUGUUGAUGUGAAGAACGAAUCAAGAGGGUGAUCAAUGCAAAAGGCCAAGGUAUGAUGUUAACUACUGAUUUAAGUCUGAGGUAUGGUGUCACGGUAAGGUUACUCUUUCACGACUUAAGUACUUAUAGUAACUGAUAGCUGCAGCAACGGAUGAAGACACUACAGAUGGUGAGGAGCAGACCUGUAAGAACAAAUUCUCACUUUUGUGUUUUGUGCUCAUUUGAGAUACUAAAGAGACUGUAGUUCCAGUUGGAACAGAAUUUGUCAAUUAGAACCGAUUUUGAUGGUCUUUUUAAACUGGUUUCUCUUAUCACAUUAUGGAAACAUAUUGUUUACAAUAUGGAAUUCUGCUUGCUGAAUUUAUUUGGCAGGGACUGAUUAUGGAUUUAUAUGGAAUUUAUAUGUAGAAAACAUUUUGCUGAAUUUAUAUGGAAUUCUCAGACUAUUAGGACUGAUUGUGGAUUUAUAUGGAAUUUAUAUGUAGAAAACAUAUUGCUGAAUUUAUAUGGAAUUCUCAGUCCAUUAUGGAAACAUAUCAGUUCAAGGAAAAGAAGGUGGAUGCCUGGUUGUGAUGCAACUGGGACUGAAGCAUCCAAAACUUGCAUUUCUAUGUUGCCAAAGCUCAUCAAAUUCAACAUUCCCUUAUUCUGAUUCCGGUCUUGAUUGUCAUGCUUCAUUAUGUGGUUUAAAAUUUCGUUGUAUGGACAAAGUUUGAGCCAGUUUAAAGUUUGAUUCUACAUCUAUAGUUUGUAGUUUGUAUAUUAGAACUGAAGGGAAAUAGCCUAAAAUUGUACUUUUGCUGAUUGGAGUUUCUCUUUUUUGUUCUUGAACAGGAGUAAACGACAAGUGAUCAAUAUAAACCACAUCCUCUAUUCUAGUAUGGCAUUGGAGUCUCUACCUUUGAUUUUGCAGGCUCUACUCUGGUGCUGUUUUGGAAGCUACUUAGUGUUACAAGUUGUUGAAGCACCUCCUCAGAACACAGUCGUAGCUGUCUCAUCUAGGUUGGGAGUUAGAACAGAGAAAAACCAUUUUAGCACAUCUUGGAGUUGCUUAUAUUUGAUGUGUGAAAGAGAAAUCCUCCAAGUAUCAUAUUCCCUUUUCCAGUUCCAGAGCAUGGGCUGUGAAGAAGAAGCUAGAGAAGGCAGCUUUCGGUCGUGGGGUAGCAAGAGCACUCAACUCUGCCACUGUGCUGUGGAUCACUACACAGUCAAACACCCUUUCAUCCACGCGAAGGUGCAGCCGCAGCAACGCGUGUUACAAGAUUCCUUGUAGGGCGAGGCUGGCUGGGCUUCAAAUCUCGCGCGCCUAUAAGUAGGCAACCCAUCCUCCAUGGGAGCCGCAGCAUAAGAGAGAACGAUCUCCUCCCUCCUCGCUUUCUGAAGCUCUUCUGGACUCGCAGAAACCAACAUGGAAGGAAAGAUGAGCCCGGCUGUGGCUGAUGCAGUUAACUACAAGGGAUUCCCAGCUGACAGAAGCGUCACUGGUGGUUGGGUACCUGCCGCUCUCAUCCUAGUGAUCGAAAUAUGCGAAAGGCUGUCGACGAUGGGGAUCGCAGUCAACCUGGUGACAUACUUGGGCGGCACGAUGCAUCUCCCGAGUGCAGAGUCGGCCAACGUCGUCUCCGACUUCCUCGGCACAUCGUUUCUUCUCUGCUUGCUUGGAGGCUUCUUAGCCGAUUCAUUCCUAGGCCGAUACCUCACCGUCGCCAUCUUCGCGUUGGUCCAAGCACUGGGAACAGGAAUGCUCACUGUAUCGACGAGUUUGCCUCGGCUCCGGCCACCGCCCUGUAACACUUCUGCUACGAACAGAUGCCGGCGAGCAAGUGGCUUCCAGAUGGGCAUCCUCUACUUGAGCUUGUACCUGAUCGCGCUGGGGACGGGAGGGCUCAAAUCAAGCGUCUCGGGCUUUGGGACCGACCAAUUCGACGACAAGGACGAGAAGGAGAAGAGCCAGAUGGCGUACUUCUUCAACAGGUUCUUCUUCUUCAUCAGUAUCGGCAGCCUGCUCGCAGUGACCGUGCUUGUCUACAUCCAAGAUGAGGUGGGCCGCAGCUGGGCGUACGGCAUCUGUUGCAUCUCCAUGCUGCUUGCCGUCAUACUGUUCCUGUCUGGCACGAAGAGAUACCGAUACAAGAAGAGCUCAGGGAGUCCAAUUGUGCACAUACUGCAAGUGAUCGUGGUCGCCUUCAGCAAGAGGCAGCUCAAAUACCCUGCGACCAUCGCCUUCUUGUACGAAGACAGCCCUGAGAUCUCGAGAAUACAACAUACUGACCAGUUCCAUUUCCUCGACAAGGCUGCGAUCAUGGCGGAAGGGGAUAGCGACGUCCAUGGUGAGACCUCAACUGUGAACCGGUGGAGGCUAUGCUCGGUAACGAGAAUCGAGGAGGUGAAGAUGAUGAUUAGGCUGCUCCCUGUGUGGGCUACGACCAUCAUGUUCUGGACUGUCUAUGCUCAGAUCAUCACAUUCUCCGUAGAGCAAGCGACAACCAUGGAGAGAUCGAUCGGGAGCUUCCAAAUUCCAGCGGGAUCGCUGACAGUCUUCUUCGUGGGUGCCAUAAUGGUCACCCUGGGCAUCUAUGACCGAGCGAUCAUGCCUCUCAUGAAGAAAUGGAAGGGCAAGCAAGGCUUCACCAACCUACAAAGAAUCGGUAUCGGUUUGGCCUUCUCCAUCAUAGGAAUGGCGGCCGCAGCAGUCGCGGAGGCGAAAAGGCUCUCGGUUGCACGGCGAGCAGGCGAGGUUGCUGCUCUCAGGGGCGCGACGCUGCCCAUCAGUGUUUUCACCUUGAUCCCGCAGUUCUUCCUGGUGGGCGCCGGAGAGGCGUUCCUCUACACAGGCCAGCUCGACUUCUUCAUCACCCGGUCGCCGAAGGGGAUGAAGACGAUGAGCACCGGCCUCUUCUUGACGACGCUCUCCUUCGGCUUCUUUCUCAGUAGCUUCAUGGUCUCGGUGGUGAGGGACGUGACCGGUGGCAAGAACGGGCAGGGAUGGCUGGCAGACAACAUCAACUACGGGAGAUUGGAUUACUUCUACGGGCUUCUGGCUGCACUGAGCACGCUUAACAUGGGAGCUUUUCUAGUUUGUGCUAUGUGGAUCAAACAAGAGAACCCUAAGCAAGGGUUGCAGAUGGGGAGUGCAGCGCUGAAGAGUUCAUCCAUGGAAGACACGUGCUAGUGCUAAUAUAAUCUCAAUCAGCUUGUAUUACCGGCAGUCUGUAGUAUUGCUGCCGUCCAUGGUUGCGCUUUAACUUCUUAGAUCUUCUUUGUUGUUCUACAUCCAGCAAAACACAGUCUUAAUUAUAGAUUGGGUUGCAGAUGACAAUUGUAAUUGUAGCGAGUUCAUCUAUAGAAAAGAAGUGCUAAGGCAGCCCCUUAUUGCUA